AGUCUUGUAUUUUUAAAUGUACGCGGUCGACUAUAAGGCUACUCUCACAGUGGGCGCGUCUACAAGCGAAUAAUAUUACACGCGAACAGAGACAACCAAAUUGGUUGUCUCUAACGCGAACACGCACGAAUACGUGCGAUCUAUCCUAACUGCUUCAUUUAAAUACAAGUUCGCACAUUAGCUGCUGAUCGGUUCGCGCGUGUACUUGCGUACAAUUGCGACUUGCGAACGUGUCCCCUUUGGUUGGGAGUUGUUGCGUUUUUUUCGGACGAAUUGUAGGCUGUUCUUGCUGAUUUAUAUUUUUAUUUAGAAAAAAUGGAUACAGAAAAACUAAUAGAACUCGUACGAGAAAGAAAAUGCCUUUGGGAUCAGCGAGAAUCAAAUUACCACCACAGUGAUGUACAAAGGUGCCUUUGGAAGGAGGUUUCUAAAGAAAUAACCAUUCUAGAAGAGUAUCGAGAAAGGCGAUGCUUAUGGGAUACAAGGGCUACCAUUUACAAAAAUAAACAAGCUCGGGACUCGGCGUAUAAGGAAAUUGAGGAGAUCAUGGGGAUAGAAGGAUUCGGAGUGCUUGAAAUCAAGAACAAAAAACGGCGGUUGAGGUCAACUUAUUCUCAAGAAAAAAAGAAAAUAAGGGACUCUAUGAAGUCAGGAGCAGGAUCGGAGGAUAUUUAUGUCCUCAGUGUAAAAUGGUUUAAGGAAAUGGACACAUUUUUACGUAACGUAAAAGAUAAUAAGAGGCCUACGCAGGAUAAUUUCAAUAUACAACGCGAAGAAGGAGUUAAUGAACAAAAACGAGAAAAUGAAGAAGAAAUAAUGGCUGCAAGAAACGAAACGUCUCAGGAGGUACCGCAGAAAAAAAAAUAGAACUACGUCAAAAUUGAGGCAAGUUACUGCAGUAGUUAACGACCUAAAAAAAUAAGCGAAACUAUGACACAUGAACCUGCCAAUGAGCAUGAAUACAUAGCUUUUGGUCGCAGUGUUGCUGCACAAUUAAUGACGUUAACUCCUCUUUCGGCCAUACAAGCACAGGAACGCUUUCAGUCUGUUCUGAGAAGUUUUAAACUACAAGACCUCCAGGCCCAGACUAACCAGUAUGACACAUAUGCAGUUACCAGUAGUGCUCACGCCUCAUCUUCCAUCUAUACACCACUGCAGUCCCCUACAUAUUCCGACAUGCAUUCUUCGCAUAACGAUGGAUCAACAAAUAUAACUCGUACAGAAUCAGUUGCCGAUGAUAUUGUACGAUCACAGAUAAUAGCAAAAGCUUUUUCCAACAUUUAACAUGUUUUGUUCAUCAACAACUUUUUCGUAAUAAAAAUAUUUAAAAAUAAACACAAUAUAUAGUUCUUUAGACAUCCUCAGCCAAUUUGUAUAUUCUGGUACGUCUUCAGCUGCUAAUUCUCUUAAUAAAGUAGACGAAGCACCAUAUAUUUCUCUUCGACUCAGCCAUUUUCUCACCCAGCAACGUUUCUUUUUGGUUUUAUCCAUUUCUUCUGCAAGUAUUUCGGAUAACUCGCCACAUACUUUUAAAAUACAAUUCCGCACUGUUGCACGCGUAACUUUUCCGGCCAUGUUUUAUCAACACUAAACAACAAAUCAUGUAAACGCUCACAAAAACAAAAGGACUAAAUUUUAGCUACUUUAUUUAGUUUUUAAUUUGCUUUAGCUACUUGACACGUGUAAAUUCGGCCUAAUUGAUUAUCGUCCAGUACCAGUUUCGUCCACCGAUUGGUGCUGCCGCCAAGCGGCGAAUCCAGGAACGAUUCGUUUAAUUUACGCGGCCGUGUUGGUGUUGGUUACUUUUUUAAGACAAGGGUGAUGCGAUGCUGCCAACAGUGCCAACUCCGUUUUUAUUUAUUUUUUUUUUAAACAUACAACCCAAUGUUGUCAUUUAGGUGGUCAAGUGAUGAGUGAUAUACUUAAAGGUGGAGGCGCGCUGAAAUUUCUCACUAGUUACAUUUUAUAAACAAAUAAUUACUUACCAAAAACUUUUUUUAAGACAAAAAUGAAUAAAUUAAAAAAAAAAAAGAUAAAAAGCUGUUAUUUAUUUAUUUUUUACAAAAUUACCAAAAAUACACGUUAUAAUUCCAACAACAAUGACGAUGUUUUCUUCAUUCAGUUUUCAAGAGAAAUAAUUCAUAAGACUUAAUCUAUGGUAAUUUAACUUUUUAUGCCACAAUUUUUUGUGAAAAGUAACCCAUAUUGUCAUGUGAUUCAAUAUCUUAAAAACUGUGCAGCGUAGCGAGAUCUGCAAAGUACAACAACUUUUUUGGAUGAAAAAUAUUGAUAAAUAAAUACCUUUAACUGAAAUUAUAAUAAAAUUAAAAACAAAAAAAGUUAAAGGAGUUUUGAGUUAGGGUGUUAAUAGCACUCGAUCAAAUAUGGAAAAUAGACCACAUGUUAAGUUGCGAUAAAGGCAAAUCCUUUAUUACUAACUAUUACACCUAUAUAUAAAACUAGAAAAAGUUACAAAGUUAACAAAGAAACCAAAAAUGUUGUGUAAAGACCUCCGCUAACGGUUAUACAGGAUGUCCAAAAUAAGGAUGAGCAGUAUGGGGAUCUCCGAAACGGUAGAAGGUACGAGGUGGUAUAAUUAGAGGAAAGUAGCGCAAUAUAGUUCUUAAUUAAAUGCAAUUUAAACACUUGAAAAAUGCUAAAUACUUCCAAAAUUUUGGGAGAAAAACUGCAAUUUCGGAAAACCGCUUUAAAGUUUUUCUGGCGUUAUUUAAAAAUAUAUAAUAAAAUUAUUUAUUAAAUGAAUACAUUAUUGUGGCCACUUUUUUUUUCUUCUAUACCAUCACACCUUUAAGUUUAAAAUACGACCUUCCGUCUUUAGAGAGCCUGUGAUCAACUUUGUGUUUCCUUGUCGGCUCCACGCAGUUUUGAAUAGCCCUUUUAAUUACCUUUUCAAUGAGGUAUAUAUUAUAUUUCCAAUGAGUAUUUGGGAUCACCCCCAUCAAAUUGUAUACCUAUCUCUCUUUCGCUCACAGGGUGACUGACUCCUUAGGACAGGCGGAGAUACAUCCCUAAAAUCUUAAAUAGGAAUAGGGAUCAAAUGAUACAUUAUCUUGAAGCUCUUGAAAA